UCUCCCCUACUUUUACUGUAUUUUUUUUAAUCGGUGCAUUUUUCGCAAAGUUGCGUUAAUUUGAAUUUAAACAAAAAAAAAAUGCCUAUCCCAAACAUUUUGGCCACCCCCUGCAUAUUGCUUUAAAUACUGGUGAUCAUAGGAUCACAGGUCAGAGCGUAUACGAGUUUUAUAUUUCAUUUGCAGGAUACAAAAACUAAUAAAUCCACUAAGUCAUGUCAAAAAUUAUAAGCCGACUCAUUUCCCACCAUUCAAACCUAAUCAUUAGUUCCGCUAGUGGUUGCCAGAGCGCUUCGAGUCCAAAGUUCAAACAAGAGGGACUGAUACCUACAGUCAGCGAUGAAGCUUCCACCGACGUCAUUGAUAAUAAACUGAUUUGGAUGCCACACAUUCACUGCUAUAGCAACAGGUUUUCCCAUUAUUAAAUCGAUAACAUCGGAACAACCACCCCGGCGGCAGCUAGUUGGCGCAUCAACAAUGCUAACUUACCUAUUAGUAGUCAGUCUUACUUACUAUCUACUAUCGGCGAAAGAGUGUUUCCUUUGAGACGCAGUAUUAGCGCAGUCAACAUCGUUACCACACGCCACUGCACUGCACAAAGUAGUUGUUACUGUAGAUCUAAGUUCUCUUAUGAAUAUUUAAUUUCCUCCGACAGCAGCGAUUGUCGAUUGUUUCCACGCUGUUUUUCUUCCCCCCAGCGAGGAGGUUAUAAUUUACAUUGUAGGGCACGAAGGAGCUAGAAUUGUUCGUCAGUUUUCCCACUGUGUGUAAGUACUUUCUAAGUUAGAAAGAAAAACACAGAAACAUGGAUGAUUUAUUCGGGAAGAAAAAAGAAGUGGUUCCCAUACUUGACCUGUCCCGGUCAACGGCCGCCAGCCGCGAGGAGUUCAAGAGGAUGUACGAGAAAGUUCCGGACUACAAGAUGCGCCCCAUCAAGGUGCGGUCCGACGAGAUUCGCUUCAAGGACAAGGACUCGAGCUACAAGAUGCCCAAGAAGGAGCUCAAAAUGUUGCUGAAGAACGGGGGCGACCGGGACAAGUUGUACACCUACAUGGAUCCGAUUCCGUCGGAGAUGCGGAACCUGGUCAUUAUGGAGCUGUGCAGUGUGUCGAUCGAUUGGAAAAUGUUAACACCGCAGCGACCGAAGACCAAGAUCGAGGAGGAGUACUUCAGCAAACUAAUCGAGCUGGGAAAGUUGCAGAUCAAAACCGAGCAGCGUGACAAACGUGAGAACCAACUGUCGUCAUCGGUCCGAAAGGUGAAGAACAAAUCCGGAAUCAUCGAGUCACGUGUUUUCACCUGUAACGAGUGCCUCGAAGAAUUCUGCAACGGAAAAGUCUGCUUGGAUUUCAACUACGACCUCUACACACGGGUGGCUCCCAAACCACCCAUUCAGAAGACCAACUCGCAGCAGCAGAUUGCAACGACUAAAAUGCUGGCCGAUUUGAAUCAGAAAAGUAUUGACAGUGGUAGUGGCAGCUCCAAGAAGGGGCGCAAACCGGUGCGAAGGAAAUCUAAAUCCAAAUCAAAAUCAACCGAGGAGGAUGAUGGCAAUCAGAGCGGUGGAGGUGGAGUUACCGGAGGAAAGAAGAAGAGUAAGAAAUCCACUAGGAGUAAGAGCAAAGAUUAGACGAACAAUAACCCAUGAGUAUCACGAAAAGUAUCAAAUUAUUAAAAGUUACCUCUUCCAGUUGCAAGCGAAAUAAAUUCAUGCUUUUUAGCUUAUUGAAAUAAAUAUGUUUUCAAAAACAUAGAAACAG